AUGGCCAACACGACUCACCGGGACAAUAUUGACGACAACAAGGAAAAUGUUCUCCAAAGGGAGUAUCCAAUCGACGAGGAGAGCAAAACCGUACAAGCAGAGCUAGACUAUUCCGGCGCCCAUGAAAAGACAGACCCUGCCGAAAUCAAGCUGGUCAGGAAGCUUGACACUUGGAUCAUGCCCACGCUCUGGAUAAUAUUGAAUGAUCUGGAGGACGACCUCAACCUCACCGGUGCCCAGUAUCAGACUUGUGUUUCUAUCCUUUUCGUUGGCUAUCUUCUCGGCCAAGUGCCUUCCAACAUGUUUCUUACCCGCACCAAGCCUUCGUAUUACAUGGCCUUCUGCAUGGCCUUGUGGGCCAUUGUCUCCGCCCUUACUGCAGUCUCGAGGAAUUUCACUGGACUGCUUCUCACACGAUUUUUCCUUGGCGUCACAGAGGCGCCUUAUUACCCAGGAGCAUUGUAUAUGCUCUCUAUCUUCUACACCCGCAAAGAGAUCGCCACUCGCAUUUCCAUUCUCUACACAGGCAACAUAUUGGCCACUGCAUUUGCGGGCCUCAUUGCCGCUGGGAUCUUUCAUGGAAUGGAUGGCGCUGGCGGCUUGGCCGGAUGGCGCUGGCUGUUUAUACUUCAAGGCGCCGUCACCUUUGUCGUGGCUAUUGGCGCAGUAUUCACUCUACCCGAUGAUCCUCUGUCAACUCGCUGGCUGAGCCCAGAGGAGCGGCAGUUGGCCCAUGCUCGCAUUCAACGUGACACAGUGGGCAGCAAGGAGGCUACCAGCACCUUUGCUGGUUUGAAAGAAGCGGCCAAAGACCCAAACUUGUGGCUUUUCGCAUUUAUGCAACACAUGCAUCUUGCAGCCAAUGGUUUCAAAAAUUUCUUCCCGACAGCCGUUGAAACUCUUGGCUUCAGUCAGACGAUCACCCUCGUACUCACUUGCCCACCCUAUCUCAUCGCUGGCCUCACAUCCAUACUCUGGUCUGCUCACUCCGGUAAAAAGAAUGAGCGGACAUGGCACAUCACCGUUUCCAAAGCCGUUGCAAUCUUCGGUUUCGUCCUCGGAUGCGCCACACUUAACACCGGAGCACGAUAUUUCGCCAUGGUUGUCUUCGCUAUCGGUACUUAUGCCGUCAACAGUAUCAUUCUAGGCUGGGUCGGGAACACAUGCGGGCAGACCAAGGAAAAGAAAGCCAGCGCUCUCUCUAUCGUCAAUACCAUCGCCAAUGCUUCUUUCAUCUGGACUCCGUAUCUGUGGCCUUCAUCCGAUGCCCCUCGUUACACUAUAGCCAUGGCUUCUAGCGCGGGUUUCUCGUUCGCCUGCGCAGCGGCUGCAUGGGCCAUGAAAUUCAUCUUGAUAAAGAAGAAUAAGACCAUCAGGCGCACCAAUAAUGAGGCGAUUUUGUACUAUGCUUACUAG